AAACUCUCAACUUUGUUAACACUGCACUAAUAUUUUGUUAGAAAUCGUUUCAAGUUUUUCAAUUUAAUGUCCAAUUUUGCUAGAAACACAGGAAAAAUAGAGAAGCAUUCAUAAUGAAAAUGAAACUAAUCGAUCCGGUAGUGCGUAGCUUUAAAGUUGCAAAAGUAUUCAGAGAAAAUACCGAUAAAAUAAACGCUAUUGAUUUCUCUCCGAACGGUGAGCAUUUAAUUUCUUGCAGUGAGGACGAUCAAAUAGUUAUCUACGAUUGUGAGAAAGGAACACAGUCACGUACCGUUAAUUCAAAGAAAUAUGGCGUUGAUCUUAUACAUUUUACUCAUGCUAAUAACACCGCCAUUCACAGUUCAACUAAAGUAGAUGAUACUAUUAGGUAUUUAAGCCUUCACGAUAACAAAUAUUUGCGAUAUUUUCCUGGUCAUACAAAAAAAGUGAUUUCGUUAUGCAUAUCACCUGUCGAAGAUACAUUUCUAUCUGGUUCUUUGGAUAAAACUUUGCGGCUAUGGGAUUUACGUUCGCCUAACUGCCAGGGCCUUAUGCACUUAUCUGGUCGCCCAGUAGCCGCUUACGACCCAGAGGGAUUAAUUUUUGCAGCUGGCGUGAAUUCGGAGAGUAUCAAAUUGUAUGAUUUGAGAUCUUUUGACAAAGGACCAUUUGUAACUUUCAAGUUGAAUCAGGAGAAAGAGUGUGAUUGGACUGGGCUGAAAUUUUCACGUGACGGAAAAACUAUACUAAUUAGUACAAAUGGCUCUAUUAUACGCUUGGUAGAUGCUUUUCAUGGGACACCUUUGCAAACAUUUACGGGUUAUCCAAAUAAUAAGGGCGUCGCAAUAGAGGCAAGCUUCAGUCCCGAUUCACAGUUUAUAUUUUCCGGCAGCACCGACGGCCGUGUCCACGUUUGGAAUGCAGAUACUGGCUAUAAAGUCUGUGUUUUGAAUGGAGACCACCCAGGCCCUGUGCAAUGUGUUCAGUUUAACCCAAAGUACAUGCUAUUGGCGUCCGCUUGUACGAAUAUGGCUUUCUGGUUACCAGUAUCUGAUGAAGGACUUUAAAAUCAAUAAAUUAAAUCUUACUAGAAUGUCUAUUUAUUGAUACUAUUUUGAAAUAAAAUUUAUAAAUUACCAUUCUGCACUUGGCUUGCAGCUAUCAUA